GUGUGAGAGUUGUCUGUGUUUUGGAUAGAGUUUUUUUUUCCUGUGGUAGGAAAAUAUCUGGGGUUCUGUAACAUGAACUGAGUGCGACUGAGGCUAGACUGAAGGCAACCACUUGUUGUAACGUGAAAUCAGUCGAGAGAGGCUGACAGUGCGAGUAGGAUGGUGGGCUAUAGCGUCCUGGCUCUGCUUAUUCUCCACAUGCUCCGUGUUUCAGAGCUACUGGCAGCGUACACGGUUAUCAAUGAGAACUGUCCAGGUGCGGAGUGGAACAUCAUGUGUCGUGGCUGCUGUGAGACGGAGAGGAUAGAGUGUGGCUGUGCGGGCAGUGACCAGCGGGUGGGCUACUCGGUGCCCUGCUGCCGCAACCAGCACGGCGAAUGUGACUCCUGCCUCAUCCACCCAGGCUGUGUGAUAUUUGAUAACUGUAAGGCCUGUCACAAUGGCUCCUGGGGAACCCUGGAUGACUUCUAUGUGAAAGGCCUUUACUGCUCCGAGUGUCAGCCUGGCUGGUCGGGGGGAGACUGUAUGAGAUGUGGAGCUAUGGUGAACGCUUCGCGAGGAGAUAUCAUCCUGGAAAGCUAUCCAAGCAACUCUCAUUGUGAAUGGUCUCUGUCCGUCAACCCCAAUUUCUCUGUGGAGUUAAGGUUUGCCAUGCUAAGUGUGGAGUUUGACUACCUGUGCCAGUAUGACUACAUUGAGGUGCGUGAUGGUGAUAACGUUGACUCGAAGAUUCUGGGGAGAUUCUGUGGUAAUGAACGUCCUCCCAUCAUCCGAAGCUCCGGGAGCUCCUUACACCUUCUCUUCGUGUCUGAUGGCUAUAAAAGCUUUGAUGGAUUUUUUGCGACAUUCGAGCAGGUGGAUGCCUGUGCCUCAUCGCCUUGCCUGCACGAUGGUGCGUGUGUGCGGGAUGGUGCGGGGAGGGGGCGAUGUGCAUGCCUGGCCGGCUACACCGGCAGCCGCUGUGAACACGUUUUCCGACUAUGUGACCUGUCAGUGGUGAUGUGUAGGAACCCGCUCGCCCCCAGCAACGGCAGUGUGGAGGGCCGCGACCUGCGGUUCGGCUCCGUGGUUACCUAUCGCUGUGCCCGUGGGCACCGGCUGGCGGGCACGAGGACCAGCAGGUGCCAGCUCGACGGCACGUGGGGCCCCAGGCCACCUCGCUGCCUUCCAGAGAGCCAGAGCUGUGCCGACCCUGGCGUGCCACUAAACGGGCAGAAUCAGGUCCUGGCCACCACCGGGCGGGCUCCCUGGGGCUCCUCCACCCCCGGCACCGUGCUGCAGUUCACCUGCCAACACCCGUAUGUACUGAGCGGCAGCGCCCAGCGGACAUGCAGGCAGAACGGCACCUGGACCGGCUCGCAGCCCACCUGCACUGAAGCUUGUAAACAACCCAAGGUCCCCAACCUGGUCAGGCAAAGAGUCCUCUCAAAGCAACUCCAGACUCGGAGGACUCCGGUACACAAGCUAUACUCCAUUCUCCAGGACAAAGUCAAGUCUCCGAUCUCUCCCACCAAACUGCCGCUGCGGAGUUCUGUGGUGCUCCCAAAGGGAUUCUAUCAGCCUCACACGCAGCUGGAGUACGAGUGCACCUCUGCCCUGCACCGGCGUCUCGGCAGCAGGAAGCGAACGUGUCUGAAAACAGGCAAAUGGAGUGGCCGCACACCAACCUGUGUUCCCAUCUGUGGAAAGCUGGAGAACUUCAGCCCUCAGAAGCUGGGGGCGAUGGAGUGGCCCUGGCAGGCGGCCAUAUACCAGAGGACUUCCUGGGGGUCUGACAUGCCACUCAGACCCCCGGGCUGGAUGCUGGCGUGCAGUGGGGCCAUGCUGAACCAGCGCAGUGUGGCAGUGGCUGCCCAUUGCGUCACCGAGCUGAGCAAGACCACCCUGGUCAGGGCCGCCGACGUCACCGUGGUUCUCGGGAAGCGACCGCAGCUUGGAGACCACCCAGAGGAGGAGAGCAGUCAGCAGAGCAUGGGGGUCUCGGCUAUCCUGGUCCACCCGUCCUAUGAUCCUGUGCUGCUGGAUUCCGACAUCGCCAUCAUCAAGCUGAGUGACAAAGGCCGGAUCACCGACCACGUGCAGCCGGUCUGCCUGCCAAGCGGUGCCCAGGUCCUGGCCACCUCACCGGGCGUGGUGAUGGGCUGGCACACGCAGGGCAUCGUCCCUGCCGCCGGUGCCCAGCCGGGGAGUGGGAACCACAGUAUGGGGGUGGGGGCCCUGCAGGUGGUGGACUCGGCCCAGUGCGAGCGGAGCUUUGAGGAGGAGGGGGUGUUCGUCAGCAUCACCGAGAACAUGUUCUGCGGCAGGCGGCAGCCGGGGGGAUUCUGGGCUAUCUGCCCCCCAGAGAGCGGGGGUCUGGCCGUAUUCCCGGCCCCUGGCAGCACCAGCUCCGCACUGACCUGGUACCUUGCCGGUCUGGUCAGCUGGGGGCUUGGCAAGGACUGCCGUGGAGAGCUGCUCACCGUCUAUACCAACGUGCUUCCCUUCAGAGCCUGGCUGGAGAAGAAUAUGAAGUGAGACUCUCUGAAUGACAAGCUCAGUGUCAAGUCCAGGCUGUUGUCGGGAACAUAGGAAC